GUAGGAGACAUCUAGGUAUGGACGGCAUAAGAUUGGAGGGUGACUUAUUUGAUUCUUCAUAUCUGCAAUUACAGGUGCUCUGGGCUGGUUUUGACAAGGGAAUCAGCAGGCAAGUUCUCUUGCUGGGUUACCAGUCUGGUUUCCAAGUUUGGGAUGUUGAAGAAUCAGAUAAUGUGCAUGACCUAGUUUCCAGACAUGAUGGGCCUGUUUCAUUCAUGCAAAUGUUAUCUAAGCCAAUAUCAUCAAAAGAAGCUGCUGACAAAUUUGCAGAUAGUCGACCUCUUUUGGCACUCUCUGCAGAUGGGUCCCUUUCUGCAGUCCAGGAUACAUUUUCUACAUCAGAUGGUGGGAGCACCUUGAGUUCCCUUGAUACAAAAAAUGGUGGAUUUAUACCCACUGUUGUUUGGAUUUAUUCCUUGAGAUCUCAAUCAUAUAUACAUGUGUUGAAAUUUAGAUCAGCUGUUUAUUCAGUGAGGAGUAGUGCUCGAAUUGUUGCUGUAGCACAAGCUGCUCAGAUACACUGUUUUGGUGCUGCUACCUUAGAGAAGGAGUAUACUAUUCUCACCAAUCCUAUCUUUACUGGAUGUUCUGGGUUUGGAGGCAUAGGCUGUGGGCCUCUGGCUGUGGGACCCAGAUGGUUGGCUUACAGCGGAAGUCCAGUUGCAGUUUCAAACUCUGGGCGUGUGAGUCCACAACAUCUUACUCCUUCUAGAAGUUUUCCUGUUCCUGCUUCGAAUGGGAGCCUGGUGGCCCACUAUGCAAAAGAGUCUAGCAAGCAACUAGCUGCUGGCAUUCUAACCCUAGGAGACAUGGGAUAUAAGAAGCUGUCCAGGUACUGUUCUGAGCUUUUACCUGAUGGCAGCAAUUCUGCACAAUCAGGGUGCCCUGGCUGGAAGGUCAAUGGAGUCGUCAAUGGACAUCUGCCCGAGGCAGAAAGCAUGGGAAUGGUCAUUGUGCGAGAUAUUGUCAGCAAAUCUGUUGUUGCUCAAUUUAAGGCACACAGAAGUCCUAUUGCAUCAUUGUGCUUUGAUCCAAGUGGGACCCUUCUGGUGACAGCUUCAGUUCAAGGCCAUAAUAUAAAUGUUUUUUGCAUAACGCCGGGAUUACUACGAAGUUCCUCAGGCUCUGUUUCUAAUUUAUCUUGUGUGCAUCUUUAUAGGCUGCAACGUGGUUUUACAAAUGCUGUUAUCCAGGAUAUCAGUUUUAGUGAUGACAGCCAUUGGGUUAUGAUAAGUUCCUCCAGAGGAACAAGCCAUCUGUUUGCUAUUUCGCCUUCAGGGGGAUCAGUUAAUACUCAGGUUUCUGAUGAUUGUUUUGCCCAUAAAAAUAAUGGAUCUAAUGUUAUGACUAAGACUCCUGUUCGUUGGCCAACAAAUUCAGAUUCACAGAUGUUUAACCCACUAAACAUUUGUGAAUCUGGUCCUGUUACACUUUCUGUCGUUGGCAGAAUAAGGACUGGAAGCGGUGGUUGGAGCAGCACUGUAACUGGUGCCGCAGCAGCUGCAGCAGGCCGGAUGAGUUCUAUUUCUGGGGCCGUUGCUUCAGCUUUUCACAACUGCAGGGGCAAGGAAUUUCGUGCAGGUUGCAGCUCCUUGAAGGCGAAGUACCACCUGUUGGUUUUUUCUCCUGGUUGUUUGAUUCAGUAUGCAUUGCGAGCACCUUCUGGCUUAGAUUCUGCCUCUGUUGUGUCUGGAUUGGUUUCUUAUUAUGACUCAGCUUCUGAAAAUGAUGCAAGAAUAUUAGUGGAGGCAAUUCAAAAGUGGAAUAUCUGUCAGAAACAGAGUCAAAGGGAGUAUAAUGAUAAUACUGACAUCUAUGGUGAAAAUGGAAACUCAGGCUGCCACAAGAUAUUUCCUGAAGUAACAGAAAGGGAAAAUUAUGGGUUCUCUGAGGCCAGGGGCUCAGUUGCCAAAGUAAAGAUCGGUGCUGAAGAAAGGCACAAUCUAUUUAUUUCUGAAGCUGAAUUACAGAUGCAUCAAGAUCAAAUCCCAUUGUGGAUGAAGCCUGAGAUCUAUUUCCAGUCUAUGAUUUUAGACGACCUCAAAGCGGAUCAAGGAGGUGCUUUUGGAGGGGAAAUAGAGAUUGAAAAGUUUCCAACUAGCGUGAUUGAAAUUAAGUCAAAAGAUUUGAUACCAGUUUUUGACUACAUUCCAACUCCCAAAUUCCAGCAAGCAAGGUCUCCUGCUUCAGAUAGCAGUGCUAGUAGGAGCCCACUGCAUCUGAUGUCUGGGCCAGCUGAAAAUGGCAUGUUCUCAGGCAUGAGCAACACCAGCUUUAUUAACACCAUGACCGAUGGUGCUGUUUCAGUAACUGAACUUUGUAAUGGCAUUGGAGAAACUAGGUGGGAAGGUUCACAUAUGCCGCCAGAAAAAAGCAUGGGUUUUGUAAAUAAUAGUGACAGCCCUAAUUCAAGUCCUUGGCCUGAGAUUGUAAAUAGUAGAGAAAGCUCUACAAUGGAGGCCAAACUUAAAUUUGUAAAUAAUGACAGAGAAGGCCCGGAAGUGGAGAACCAGUUUAAAGCUGAGCCAUUCUUUUAUUCUCCUGGGAGGGACCUUAACAUUGUUGAUAUGGUGGGAGGUGGUUGGGGUGUCGAGUUGAAAUGCAGAGCGGUUGACCGCAAAGCGGAAAUCAUGGAUUGCAUGUUCGUU